AUGACGGUGUCGUACACUCUGGAGGUAGCGAACGCUCGUUUCGGUGGAUUUACUAAACUUCUGUUCCGAUGGAAGGGCAGCAUUUACAAACUGCUCUAUAAAGAGUUCCUCGUCUUCUGCUUCCUGUACGGCCUCUUCAGUGUCAUAUACAGGUGUGUAUUAAGUGAAGUUCAGCAGGAGAUGUUUGCGAGAGCAGCACGUCACUGUAAUAAAUUCGCUAAACUCAUUCCCAUGUCAUUCGUUCUCGGUUUUUACAUCUCGACAGCGUUCCAGCGUUGGUGGGGUCAGUACACCAGUUUUCCUCUCCCUGAUAAUCUGAUGAUGGUGGUGUCAGGGAACGUGCAUGGUGUUGAUGAACGCGGCCGGAUGAUGAGGCGUACGCUCAUGAGGUACGCGAACCUGUCAUCUGUCCUCAUCCUGCGCUCCAUCAGCACACGCGUACGCAAACGCUUCCGCACACUCGAGGAUAUCGUGGAGGCAGGGUUUAUGACUGAGGCAGAGUUAAAGACUCUCAAUCACCUGCACUCAGACUUUAAUAAAUACUGGAUGCCGCUGACGUGGUUUGCUAAUUUAGCAUCAAGAGCGAGAGAAGAGGGCCGAGUGAAAGACGACAUCGCUCUCAGACUGCUGAUGGAUGAGCUGAAUAAUUACAGAGCGAAAUGCAGCAUGCUCUUUCACUACGACUGGAUCAGCAUCCCGCUCGUCUACACUCAGGUGGUGACGAUCGCCGUGUAUUCCUUCUUUACUUUCUGUCUGAUUGGACGGCAGUUUGUGAGGCCCGAGAAAGCAGAUGAGCUCAGAGUCCAUGUGGAUCUGUACAUCCCCGUCUUCACACUGCUCGAGUUCUUCUUCUACGCCGGCUGGCUGAAGGUCGGAGAACUGAUCAUCAACCCAUUUGGUGAAGAUGACGAUGAUUUUGAGACGAAUCAGCUGAUCGAUCGAAACAUUCAGGUGUCGAUGCUCGCUGUGGAUGACAUGCACCAGAACCUUCCUCCUCUUCAGAAGGACAAAUACUGGACGGAUAAAGCUCUGAGUCACGUGUUCACUCCGGCGCGGCCCGUCUUUAUGGGCUCUACAUAUGACAUGAGGGUGACGGAUGAAGACAUGGAGGAUGUGAUGGCUGAUUAUCGGAUGCUACCGGUCAGUGUCUGGCCUCCGGCUGGACGGAAGCAGAAGAAGAGACGAGGAGCAGCACGAAUCUGCUGCUGUUGUAAACACGCGACAUCUAAUGGGAACACACAGGAAAGAGAAGCUGAGAGUGAAAACAUAAUACCAAAUAAAACACACACUCCGGCACAGUGUGAGGACAUGACGCAGACACAGACGGAGUGUGUGGUGGCUUUAGAGCUGUCUGAUGAAGACCAGCACACAGAUCAUCAUCACAGUCUGGAGCACUGA